CUUUCCUUGCUCUUCUUUACUUUGUGACACUACUUUGUGUGUGUGUUUGCGUGAACUCUUGGGGCCUGCAAGUCUGCAAGUAGAUCUAAGAUCUAAUAAUUUAUAAAUCUGAAUCAAGAUCUAGAUCUAGAUUAGAUCUGGAUCUUGAUUUCUAGAUCUAGUUGCGUGUUGAUAGUUGAAUUGAGAAAAGUAAAAUCAUAACACUGACUUGGAGUUGGAGUCGUUCGUCUGUCAACCCCCUGUCGUCAGCCCACACUGUCUGCUGUGUUUGGGCUCCUGUGUACUGUGUAUGUUUAUGAAUCGGAGACACAGACGAACAAACGAUAGGCCUAGAUCUAGAUUCUAGUCAAGCUCAUUCCAACGAAGACUGAAGUCAAAAUGCCUGGCAUAGAAGACUGGAAGACGAAGCCUCUCUCAGUCAUUAACUCCAUUUAUGAGGAGAACUCAGGAGAGUCCUAUGCAGAUUUCAUCAAGAAAGUUCAAGAGUACUUCACUCAAAGACUGGAUCAACUGUCAUUGCUCUCGAUCCCUUCUCUGAACACAGUGUCUCUAGAUGAGCUCAGGUCGAAUACAGUUGUCAAGUACCGAUGUAUGGUUCAGGAUGUCUUUGACCCACAGUUUUGCCUUGGAAAAUACAAAAUUGUAAACUCAAAGACACAGAAGUCAAGGGUAGAAUGUGGUGCUUUCAGAGACUUCCCUGAUUUGCAGCCUGAUGAAAGCGUUGACUUUGAAAGCCCAGAGAACAUUACAGUAGACAGACAAGGCUUUUAUUGUGUUCCAAUACCUGGUGAAGCCGAGUGGGUCAAAGAAGGUUAUAAAAGCAAGGAUGUCGAAAGAAAGAAACCAUCAAGUUCACAAGAAUCCAGACCCUCAAAAAGAGACAGAGAGGCCGAGGGUGAUCCUGAGCUCAGUGAAAAGACUUGCAAAAGAGUGGAAAAUGUAUCCCCUCCAAAUGUUGAAGAUAAACAGCAGGAAACAAGUGACAUGGAUGUUACACCUCCUCCUUGUUCAUCAGUUGCAGGGGCAAGUCAACAACCUACAAUGGCAAAGGGGGUUCCAAUGAAUUUCCCACUGCCAGAAGAGAAAGGCUUUCCUUGCAUUGUCAGGGUGUAUUCAAAUGAUGUUGAACUGAAAGCUACAGACUUUGUGGAGAUUGUUGGGGUCCUGUCCAUAGACCCUCAACUGGCUGCCAUUUAUGAUGAUGAUGCAGCAGAUGACGCGAUGGACCAGGAGGAGCUUCAGGCCCACGAGCCUCCCCCAUCACUUGUUCCGCGACUUCACGCUCUGGUCAUUCGACCGUUGCAGCACAACAACCCUCAGCUUCCAGCGCUUUCGGGAUCAGAAACUUAUAAGCAAGCUGUUUCUCAGCUCAUGCAGGAUGCAGGUUCCCUUCGCCUGGAGCUGCUGUCUGUGCUAGAGCAUGCUUUGCUGUGUGACAGAUUAGCUGCUGAAUAUCUGCUGUGCCACCUUGUGUCAAAAGUGUAUGCCCGAGCUGAUGUCUUGCCUUUGGGAAAACUAUGUGUAAAUUUGAGCCGUUGCCCCGUCACACAGAGAUACACCAAGUUCCUGAAUCAUCUCAUUUCUCAGCUGGCCCCUCAGGCUGUUCUGCUGGAGAUGUCUAUAGAAAGCACCAACAACUGGACAUUGAUUCCAAAGAAAGACUACAAGGUGAACCGGAUUACAGCAGGCAUGUUGCAGCUUGCCCCAGGGACCUGUCUGGUGUUGGACGAGACUGCCCUCCAACAAGGCCAGCUGAAUCACACAGGUGUUAUGAAUGUGAAAGCUCUGGCUGAUGUGAUCAACUGGCAGAAGGUAGAUUACGACUUUGAGUUUCACCCCAUUCCAGUUUACACAGACGUCAAUGUGUUGAUACUCUCAGAAGGAGAGUCCCUCCUUCCUAAAGAUAUUCUAUUGCCUGUGGCAAUAAACAAUGAGAUCCUAGACUUUCCUGAUCAUUUUGCAAAACUUGAUGGUCGCCUGUCUCCUGAAAAUUUGAACAAGCUGCGAUCAUACAUUACUGCCUGCAGACUCAUUGACUACAGUGUCUCAGAAGAGACUCAAAAAGUGAUACAAGAUGACUUUGUGGACACGAGACAGAGGAACCCAAAGGACAUGACUAUUGAGGAUUUCCAGAGAUUGUUGGGCUUAGUGCGUCUUCUGACCUUGACUUACGGCCUGUCGUCCCCUACUGUUGAACUGUGGAACAAAGUGCGCUCCAUGGAGGAAGAAAGAAAAAUCAGAUUAGCCCAGCAACCAAGGGCAGCAGCUCAAGGAAAUCAGUGAAGAAAAAUGAAAAUGUCCAAGAGUGGGACUUAUUGUUCCAUGAAAGUUUUCAAUUAAAAUGUAUAGUUCUGCAAAAUGUU